UUACGUUUAAUCCCGCCACCAAAAGUUUAUUUCAUAACCAAUCUUGAUAUCAGCUCCUACUAAUACAGAUACUUGGCUGUACCUUUUUUUAUUUUUCCCGAUCGCAGGGUCCUCUUAAAUGACGAUGUUAAAAAAAAAAAAGUUCAGACAAGUAACUCCGAACAGAGAGGGCAGCUAACACUAUGUAAAGGCGUGACAAUCGUGCGGCUGCACCCACGCCUCCGCGUCAAGACGUUUCUGCUGCCAAAGUUUCUCUCAUUUAGUCUUGUCUGUCGGCAGUGAGGCGGCGAGUGCGUGUCCUCCUCUUGGGAUCUCGAAGCAGGGGGACAUGAAAUUACAGGGCACUAUUGGACGGCGCACAGCAGAUGGGCAAUUAAGUUCGUGAAGGAAAUCGACGAGGAGUUGUGCACAUGAGCCGGGGUUGCGUCUCAGGUUGAAGUGAAGAAAUUACGUUUUUGCUGAUUAAAAACAGUCGACUUUAUAUCCUCGUCCCGUGUCUGGCGCCUGGAGUCUGUGCUCGCACUUUAUAAAUACAAGAGACACAAAAGUGAGCCACGAUGAAUAGGUGUUACUUUGAGAAGACUAUGGAUUUUUUUUAUAACAACAGUCAUAAUCAAAAUCAAGAAUGCACUGCUGCACCUGACUGGUCUGGGACACCUCUCAUAAUUGUCUUAUGUUUUGGAUCAUUUUUCUGUCUCUUCAUCUUCCUGUCUAAUGUAAUGGUAAUAGCAGCAGUGAUUAUCAACAAACGAUUCCAUUUUCCUUUUUAUUACUUGCUUGCUAACUUGGCAGCAGCAGAUUUUUUUGCAGGUAUAGCAUAUGUUUACCUAAUGUUUAACACCGGGCCCGUUUCAGCAACUCUUACUGUACAUUGGUGGUUUGUGCGCCAAGGCCUUUUGGACACCAGCUUGUCUGCAUCACUUGCAAACCUGCUUGUCAUAGCUUUGGAACGCUAUAUCUCAGUAAUGAGGAUGAAGGUGCACAGUAACCUCACCAAACGACGUGUGAUUUUUCUCAUUGUUCUUGUCUGGGCUGUGUCCAUCUUGAUGGGGGCAGUACCAAGUUUGGGCUGGAAUUGCAUCUGCAGCCUUGAUGUCUGUUCUGUGCUGGCCCCGGUGUACAGUCGAAGCUAUUUAAUUUUCUGGUCUGUGUCGAACCUUGUAGUGUUUCUAAUAAUGCUGGUUAUUUACCUGAGGAUUUACUUGUAUGUGAAGAAGAAAACAAUUGUUCUGUCCUCGCACACCAAUGGUUCGAUAAGUCGCAGACGAACCCCAAUCAAGCUCAUGAAGACAGUAAUGACAGUUCUAGGCGCAUUUGUAAUCUGUUGGACCCCUGGACUUGUUCUGCUUCUUCUGGAUGGACUACACUGUACCCACUGCAAGCUGUGUAGUGUCAAACGGUGGUUUUUGUUGCUAGCCUUGCUGAAUUCUGCCAUGAAUCCAAUUAUCUACUCUUACAAGGAUGAAGAAAUGUGGAAUACCUUUAAGAACAUACUUAGGUAUAUUUUUUGUAGGAAAAAUGAUGCAAUGGUAUCAAGGGCAAACUUAAGAGCCUUGAGUUCCAGCAUUGACAAUGGAAGCAGAUACAAUGAUGAAAGCCAGGCCUCGUUCCGUGAGGGUCUUAAAGCAUAGCUAAGUGACAGACCUCCCCCAACAGGUAUCUGCUAAUAAUAGAGACUUAUCACAUGGAGUGUGCUUUAAAAUCUGCCAAAGUGAUGAACAUUUUAAUGCUUAAAAACGUGAUCAUAUCCAGUAUGCUAAAAGGCAAUGCUCUUUAAGUCUAUACAUUGUUUAUUGCUGUGUAAAAAAAUGGAUUUUAAGUCUGCUGUGCCCUCAAGGCAAUCAGUGAGGCUUUUAUGAAGACCAGUUCAGUGUAUAUAAUAAUAGAAAUGUGUCAUUGGACUCCUGUGUGGUUAGCAGACAAGUUCAUUGCCACUAUGAUGCUCAUUCUCAUUACCUCUGUGCAAGUGUUAUUGUGGAUGUCACAUACAAAGCAUGUACUGGAAACCACUGCAACUUUUAAUGGUAUUCUUAGAAAUGCACUGUAUCAAAUGUAGUAGCAGGGAAGGCGCGUGUUUUUUUUUU